AUGAAAACAAGGAAAAAAACAUUACAAAAAAGUCUUGAAGAAGAAUUAAAUACUUGUAAGAAUUAUAGUCGUGAGGAACGUAAACGACGUGCCCUUGAAAUUUCUUGGAAGUAUUGUAACUUUAAUAAUUUUCAAGAAGACUCUUUUAAAUUAGUUUCCAUAUUCUCUGGAUGUAGCAUUGAAGAAAUUAAGGAAUUUUAUUCCGCAAAGCGUAAUUGUCAAUCGCGUUCUAUUGAGCAAAAUAAGGAAAUAUCAUAUAUUCAAACCAUUGAACGUAAAUUUGACGAAUCUUCAAAAUCUUCAAAUUUAUAUGAUGACGAUGAUGAUCAUUCUCUAAAUCAAAAAUUAGAAAAAUUAGAAAAAUCCGACACAACUUAUCAGGAUUUAGUAUCGGAAUUAUUUGAUUAUUCCGAUUUAAGUAGUUUACCCGAUAUACCAGAUAGUGAUUCAGACAAUAAUUUAGAAUUAAUUAAUUUAGAUGAUUCUGAUGAUUUAUCAAUUGAUAAUUAUGAUAAUAAAAUAACGGAGAUUUCUCGAAAAGAUGCCGAUUCCGCUCUCCCAAAGAGUGAUUCUCAUUCAUUCAAACGUCCAAGAAUUUUAAAAUCUUCUGAAAAUGUGGGAAAUGUGUCAUCAUAUUCAGAAUUAAUAGAUGAUGAGACUGACCCAUUACCGGAUAUGAUUAGAAGUGAAACUGAAUCAAUUCCGUCUAUUUCGGAAGUUCAACAAACCGAUUCAGAAAUUUCAAAUGAUUUAUGUCAAAACGAGUCAACAAUUAAUAGAGAUAUACUUAUUAACUCUAUGGAAACCAAUCACGUAGACUUUACUUUAGAACAAAAAACAUUAGAUUUUUAUCGCUCAGAAAACGAUUGUGUAACAGUCAAUUCAAAUUUUUAUAAAAAUGAAUCAAAUUUAGAUGUUUAUGAUCAGGUUGUAUCAGCGUGUAAAAAAAUAGCACCGAAAAUUGGAGAUAAGAUGGAAUUAAUUGAAGGCAAAUGUCAUAGUGAAAUAGAAACUAUCGUCAAUUCAGAAAUUAAUUUUGACUACUUUGAUGAUAAUAGUAGUCAGACAAAAAGUUGGAUUGAUGAAACAACCGAAAGUGAUACUACAGAUAAUUUUACUGAUGAAGAUUUAAGUAAUACUGUUAAUUUAGAAGAAGAAUAUAGAAGAUUAACAGAAGCUUACGAAUAUGGAUUUCCACAUUUAUAUACUUAUUUACAAGAUGAAUCUUGUAUAUCAGGAAGCCAAGAAUCUUGUCGUUUCCAAAGAUUUCGUAUUUUUGAACAAUUAACACCAGAAACUAUAGGUCCAAAUUAUAAUUUUAGAUCAUCGGAUCAAUCACUUCCAACGUACUCCUAUAAAACAAAUCAAUUUAGACCACCGGAUGAAGAAGUUUAUGUUCUUACAUCAAUUGCUCCAACAUUAAAAGAAAUUCUUAUAAAAGAAGUUCGACAUCUAAAACGUCGAACUGUGUGUCGAAUACUUGAAUCUGGUGUACGUCAUUUAUGUGAUCAUUGCAACACCACUGUUUUCGCUGGUUACUGGAUGUGUUCAUGUUGUGGUACUGAGAUAUGUCUUGAAUGUUAUGAAGAGUGGAUAAAUAGUAAAAAUUAUAAAUGUAAAAUUGUUGAUCGUAAACAUAAGAAAUAUUCAUUUUUCCCAAUUUCUAGAUUUUCUUUAUCGGAAAUUGAAGGACUCCUAAAUGAUAUCAAUGAACAUAUCCAUAAAAACAGUGAAAAUAUUAUGGAAAAAAGAAGAUCUCAAGUUACUCAGAAUAGAUGGUCAGAUGGAAAAAUGAGUAUUAAAGAGUUUCGUCAGAUGUAUAAAUUAGGAAAACCUUUUGUUAUUUCAUCUGUUUAUGAUAAUUUGACUGAAAAUUUAUGGACUCCUAAAUAUUUUGAGAAACAUUUUGGACACAUAAGUUGUACAUGUAUUAAUCUUAACGAACAAGACGAACAAAAAUCUCAUUCAGUAAUUAAAGUUGGUGAAUUUUUUAAUGGAUUUAAUAAAGUUAAAAGUUUAAAUUCUUCUGGUCGUAUUCCUUGUUUGAAACUCAAGGAUUGGCCACCAAACGAAGAUUUUGCUAAAGUAUUUCCAGAACAUUAUAAGGAUUUUAUGUUAUCUUUACCAUUUAAAAGAUAUAUAUGUCGUGAUGGUGCUUUAAAUCUUGUUUCUAGACUUCCAAAUGACACCAAUCCUCCUGAUCUUGGACCCAAAAUGUAUAACGCAUAUGGAUCAAGUGAUAAAGGAGGAAGAGGAAAAGGCACUACAAAUUUACAUUUAGAUAUGACAGAUGCUGUAAAUGUAAUGACUUAUGCAACACCAUUUUUUCAAAGAUCAAAACAUGAACAAAAUUAUAAACAUGCAGCAGUAUGGGAUAUGUAUCAUAUUGAAGAUCUUCCCAAAAUAUGUGCGUUCUUACAAAAAGUUGCCAAAGAACAAAAAAUCAUUAUAAAUCAUCCAAUUCAUGAUCAAUGUUUUUAUCUUAAUGAAAAAUUACGUAAAAGAUUAAAAAAAGAAUAUGGUAUUACGGGAUGGAGAAUAUAUCAAAAUCCGGGAGAUGUAGUAUUUAUACCAGCCGGAUGUGCCCAUCAAGUUUGUAAUUAUACAAGUUGUAUUAAAGUUGCAUUAGAUUUUGUUUCACCCGAAGGAGUUGCUAGAAGUCAAAUAAUAACGGGACAAUUUCGAAAAUUGGAACCUAAUCAUGAACGAAAGGAGGAUAUAUUACAACUUUCUAAUAUAUUAUAUCAUACUUGGAUUACAGCAUAUCGGAACGUUAAUAUCAAUGAAAAUGAUGAUGAAAAUAAUGAAAAUAGUGAAAAUGAUGUAAAUGAUGAAAGUAAUGAAAAUAUUAGAAAUAGCGAAGAUAACGAAAAUAUUGGAAAUAGCGAAGAUAGCGAAAAUAUUGGAAAUAGCGAAGAUAACGAAAAUAUUGGAAAUAGCGAAGAUAAUGGAAAAAAUAGAAUUUUUGAAAUAAUUAAGAGUUGGUUUUGA